UAAUUAGAAAUGCCACAACCAUAUUUAUUAGUUUACAUUAAGUAUGUUUGUCUUUUCCAUUUUGUUAAAAAAAAAGAAGAAUAAUUAAUAAAUAUUUUGGUUAAAAAAAGGAGGGAGGUUUGUUACGUGAAGGCCAAUUUGCAGAAAAAAGAAGAAGAAAAGGAGGAGGAGGAGAAGGAGAGGAAGAAGAAAGAGUAUAAGAUUGUCGUGCCAUGUUAAUAAAGGAAAAACAGAGAAAAGGAGAUGGCGUACAGGAGAAGGCAGGGACUGAGCAAAUCCUCCACGUUCAAGGAAGAGAUUCUCCACCAUUUACCCGAUGCCACCUCCUCUUCCUCCCCCUUUGACUCCGAUUCUCUCGCCGCUCCGGCCCUUCAUGCUUCCUCUGCUGCUCGCGAUAUCGACUCCCCUGUUCUUUCUAAUGUCGAGCCUACAAGAUCUAAGGGCUUUAAUGCCUGCGAAGACUCAAUAAAUGAUUCUAAAGGUUUCUGGGGUGUUCUUGCUCGGAAAGCCAAAGCUAUUCUAGACGAUGAUAAUGUAUUGCAGGACACUGAAACUCGUGGUAGAGUGUUGGAUGCCUCAACAGCUUCCCAGAAGCAACAAGGAGCUGAGAGCUAUAGACGAAUGGACCAUCCUGCAAUAAGAAGGGGCUUGGAUAGGCUCAACACUUCCCUUAAUCAAAUUGGUGACUCAUUUGAAAAGACAUUUGAGGAAGGUCGAACAAUUGUGGAAAGCAAAACGCAAGAUAUCAUCCAUGAAACACGCAAGCUUCAAAUCAGGCGAAAGGGGAACAGUCCCAUGGCACAUAAUCAGUUCACUGGUUUCAAUAGCACAGUGCAGCCACCAAUGCAGCUCCAGAAUCAAACCAACCAUGAUAACCAACUCAAGGCAUCUCGAGACGUUGCAAUGGCCACAGCUGCUAAAGCAAAACUUCUUCUUCGGGAGCUGAAAACUGUUAAAGCAGAUUUGGCUUUUGCAAAAGAGCGAUGUGCUCAACUGGAGGAGGAGAAUAAACUCCUUCGGGAGAGUCGAGAGAAAGGGGAUAAUCCUGCAGACGAUGACUUGAUUCGACUGCAACUGGAGACAUUGUUGGCAGAAAAGGGACGAUUGGCGCAUGAGAAUUCGAUAUAUGCUAGAGAGAACCGGUUUCUAAGAGAAAUAAUAGAGUAUCAUCAACUGAGCAUGCAGGAUGUUGUGUACUUAGAUGAGGGGGCUGAAGAAGUUGCGCCAGUUGGUUCUCCCAUCAACUUCCCCCUCUCAAAAAUGCUUUCCGGUGAUUACACACCUGAGUUGGAGGUGUUGGACCCUUCUUCUUGUCCGAGUAAGCCUCGAAUUCGCAGCCCCAGCCCCAGCCCAAGUCAGCCUCGAAUUCGCAGCCCCAGCCCCAGUCUAAGUCGGCCUCGAAUUCGCAGCCCGAGCCCAAGUCUAAGUCAGCCUCGAAUUCGUAGCCCGAGCCCAAGUCUAAGUCAGCCUCGAAUUCGCAGCCCCAGUCCAAGUCAGCCUCGAAUUCGCAGCCCCAGUCCAAGUCAGCCUCGAAUUCGCAGCCCCAGCUCAUGCCGCCAACAGCCAAUGCUAACAAAGGAAAUCUCACCUCACCUUAGCCAACCAGCAGAGGAAGCAAGAUGCAAAGAAACUACUCCGCCUCAUGUCUCCAACUCCAAAACUAAUGUCCCACCUUCUUCCACCCACUGAUGGACACUGCAACACCACCUCCUCCACUCUCUUCUCUUAGAUUUAGUCUUUACCUUGGUAUUUAUAUAGAUGGUUUAUAUAUCAUUUUUACAGAUUUUUUCCCUUUUUCUUUGACAUGUAAUUUGUUCAUAGCCGUUUUUGGUUUUCUGGUCCAUGAUUAAAUAAGAAAUGCUUCUCCAUCAUUCGGAUCAUUCGAGUUUAAAUUGUAAUGGCUUUCGGCGGAUAAACCUUUUUACUUGCUUAUGCAGAUAUUUAGAACACAUGUAAUGCUAUGUAAAAAAAUCAUUUUUUUCA